AUGUCAGGCGAACAGUUUCAACAGGGCCACCGCGUCCCAGUGACGCAACAGGACUUCCCUGGCACCGAGGGCGAGAUGCCUAAUCCCAAUCCGCAGUUUCAGAAUAUCCCUACCGAAGAUGGCCAGUAUCAGAAAUACAGGGCCGCCGGGAAGCUCAAGGGCCAAAAGGCACUCAUCACCGGGGGAGAUUCCGGGAUAGGACGAGCGACGGCUGUCUUGUUUGCUAUGGAGGGAGCCGAUUCUUUCAUUACUUACUUGCCAGGUGAAAGGGAGGAUGCGCAGAAAACAAAGAAGAUGGUUGAAGAACACGGCCAUCAAUGCUACCUCUACGAAGUUGACUUAUCGGAACUGAAGAACUGUAAAGACGUAGUGAAUGAGGCAGUAUCUAAGCUCGGCGGCAUCGAUAUACUGUUCAACAACGCUGCUUACCAAAUGAUGGUCGAGUCUAUCAGCGACCUCCCUGAUGACCAAUGGAUUCAUACCUUCAACACCAACAUCCACUCAUUCUUUUACAUCUCCAAAUAUGCCCUUCCGCACCUGAAGGCUGGAGCUAGCAUUAUCAACAACGCUAGUAUCAACGCAUACAUCGGCCGCCCAGACCUUCUGGACUACACAUCGACAAAGGGCGCCAUCAUCUCAUUCACACGAGGCCUGAGCAAUCAGUUGGUUGGAAAGGGUAUUCGGGUGAAUGCUGUCGCGCCUGGCCCAGUUUGGACCCCACUCAUCCCUGCAACAAUGAGCGAGAAAGCUAUCAAGGAGUUUACGAGCCCAAUGGGGCGGCCUGGACAGCCUUCCGAGAUAGCGACAUGUGUGGUCUUCUUGGCUUCGACAGAUAGUUCCUUCAUUAGCGGCCAGACUAUUCACUGUAACGGUGGCGUUGUGGUAAAUGGUUGA